UAAAAAUAUUGUUUACUACAGGUCAUCUGGAGUGCUAGGAUCUGCAGGUUCUGGAACAUUCUCUGGUUGGCAUAGUCAGGCUGGUGCACAGGUGUGAGGCAGCUAAGAAGUCACUUCAGCCCUCUGUACAACAUUCACUCAAAGCUUUCUUGGUGGCCAAGGUGGAGCCUCAUGGACAUCACCACCUGGAUGUCCAACCACACAGGGUGGGCAGAUUUCAUCCUGGUGGGACUCUUCAGGCAAUCUCAACACCCAGCCCUGCUUUGUGUGGUCAUUUUUCUGGUUUUCCUGAUGGCCUUGUCUGGAAAUGCUGUCCUGAUCAUUCUGAUACACUCCAGUGCCAAACUCCACACCCCCAUGUACUUCUUCAUCAGCCAGCUGUCCCUCAUGGACAUGAUGUCCAUCUCCAUCACUGUGCCCAAGAUGCUUCUGGACCAGGUGCUGGGUGUGAGUACCAUCUCAGUCCCUGAAUGUGGGAUGCAAAUGUUCCUCUAUGUGACACUAGUAGGUUCUGAGUUUUUCCUCUUGGCAGCCAUGGCCUAUGACCGCUACAUGGCCAUCUGCCAUCCACUUCGCUAUCCAGUCCUCAUUAACCAUAGAGUGUGUCUCCUCCUGGCAUCUGGCUGCUGGUUCCUGGGAUCAGUGGAUGGCUUCAUGUUGACUCCUGUCACCAUGACCUACCCAUUCUGCAGAUCCCGGGAGAUCCAGCACUUCUUCUGUGAAGUCCCUGCUGUGAUGAAGCUCUCCUGCUCAGACACCUCGCUCUAUGAGACACUCAUGUACCUGUGCUGUGUCCUCAUGCUCCUCAUCCCUGUGACAAUCAUUUCAGGCUCCUAUUCCUGCAUCCUCCUCACCAUCCACAGGAUGAACUCAGCAGAGGGCAGGAGGAAGGCCCUGGCCACCUGCUCCUCACACAUGAUGGUGGUCACACUCUUCUAUGGUGCUGGCGUCUACACCUACAUGCUCCCCAGCUCCUACCACACCCCUCAGAAGGACAUGGUGGUGUCUGUGUUUUACACCAUUCUCACCCCUGUGCUGAACCCCUUAAUCUACAGUUUCAGGAACAAGGAUGUCACUGGGGCUCUGAGGAAAAUGUUGAGUGUUGAGUCUUUCAGGAAACAGUAAAGUAGGGGAUUUGGAUUCCAUGGUUUCUCCUCUCUCCACGUCAGAUGAUGAAGAUCUCCUUGUGCCGUCUCCUGGGCUCCUACUUCACAGUGCUGCACCCCUAUGCUCUUCAGGGAUGAGCCUCCUCUGUCCCCUGCUUGUACAUUCAGAGUCCUCAUGCAGCUCCCCUGGAUCCACCUUAUUUACCUAAGUUGACAAGGACUUCCUCUUUCUAGGGGAAAAAUAUUAUUAUUAGGAAACACAUUGUUGAUAUUAGAGGAUGUGGUCAUGAGUGUUCAACUGAUGAGGUGGAGACAGAAAAAAUCUUUUGAAGCAAUAGGAGAUUCAGGGUUCCUCGUAGGUGUGUGGAAGUUAAGGGUACAUGGGAAUUAGUAGAAGUAAUCUUUAUCCUGCUAAUUCUCUGAAUCUUGAAAUGCUAUAUAAAUAUAUAACCAUCGAAGAGUUAAAUAACGAAAGAUUCAUUCUGUUUAGCUAUAGUCCACUGAUUCUUAUCAAAUAUAGAGAGGAAUGAAUAAAGAGAAUAGCUUGUAUAUAUGUAGGUAUAAAAUGUAAAGUUGUAGAAUUUGAUAUGAUGAAUGUGAUUAGUGGAAUGAGUGAACUAACACAUUCAUUACCUCACAUCUUUACUCACAUCUUUGCACUGAGCACAGUUAAAAUAUACUCUCAUGAAAAAUUUCACACAUACCACAUGGUACUCUUAACUAAAGUCCUUGUGCUAUGUUUUAUAAUUCCAGAUGUAUUUGCAUUGUAAUUAAAAACUUGUCCUCCCUGUCAACGUGUCCCUACCUCCCCAGCCCUUGGCGACCACCUCCUAUUCUCUGCAUCUGUCCCUCCUACUUAGAUUCCACAUAGACCUGAGGCCAUGCACAGCUGGUCUUUCUGUGUCUGCCUUCAUUUACUUGGCCUGGAGUUCUCCACCCAUGCGAUCUCAGUGGCAGUAUCUCCUUCUGCGGACUGAGUGGCACCCAUUCUAUAUGUCUAUAUGCCUGUAGAUAUAGACAGCUACAUGCCAUGUCUUCCUCAUCUAUCCACCUCUGCCAGACAAGAAGUUGGCUUCCAUGUCUUGCCUCCUCUGGGCACCAACACAAUAAACAUGGAGAACAUAUUCUUGAGGAGCUUAUUUCUCUACAUUUGGAUACAGACCCAGAAAUGGGGUCACCAAGUCCCUUAGCAGUCCCAUUUUAGUAGAUGUUGAAGGCUGAGGCAGCUUUCAAUUAUAGCUGCCAGAAUAUACGAUUCCUCUACAGGGUGCAAGCGUUCUGUGUUCUCCACUUGUUCUGCAAUGCCUGACUUCGUGGUUUUGUCAAUAACCACUCUGACGUGUGUGAACUGCUAUCUCAAGCUGGUUUUAAUUGCCUCUUCCUGGUGAUCCAUGAUGCUCAGCAACUUUCCAUAAACCUUUAGCCACUUGUCUGUCCAAUUCAGAAAAAUGCCUAUUUUUAAAUUAAAUUAUUUGAUUUUUACUGUCAUGUUGCUUGAGUUGCUCUUGUAGUGUGGAUUUUAACCCCUCAUGUGUUAUACAGUUGGCCAAUAUUGUUUUCUGUUGGGUAGGCUGCUUGCGCAUCUAGUUGAUGUCUUUCUUUGCUGUGCAAAAACUUUCUAGCAUCUUGUAUUCAUUCAUUUUAAUUUUUACAGGUUGUAGAUUGUGUUUUCUGGUGUUGUCCAGAAUAUCAUUGUCAAGACCAUGUGAAGGACUGUUUUCCUUUGUUAUUUAUUUAUUUAUUUAGAGAUUAAAAUUUCCUGUUUUACACCUAAGCCUUAUUCUACUUGAUUUAAAUUGUGUUUGUGGAGUAAGAGGGACUUACUUCUGUUCUCCUGAGGAAGAUGUGCAGCUUCUGCUGAGCCAUUCACUGAACAGACUCUUCUAUCCCACUCCUCAUCCAUGGGACCCUCAUCAAUGACUGAUAGCCUACCAUGAGUGGGUGUGUUUGGGGG